GAGAUGCACAAUAGAUAAUUUUGAUUCUUAAAUUCAAAUUCAAAAUAGGUUACUAUACUUUCACUUUCUUUAAAAUCCUCAAAAACAAAUCAUCAACGAGUGAUUUCUCUAUCAGAUUGUGCUCUUAUAAAAAGAGAAACAAUUGAUCAUGGCAAAAUUCUCACUAUGAAGAACACGAGUAAGGAAUGAACAUAAAAUUUUGCAAUUAAAAGUUUAUUUGAACAGUCGCACUCCAUCAUGUAUCGUGAUUAUACCGAAUCAACCAAAAAACCUCGUAACUAAGAGAUUAUGUGAGCAAUCACCAAAUGAUGGAUCGUAGUCCAUGGAUCAAAGAGUAGGGUUUCACAUGAAACUAAAGAACCGGAUCCAGACUCGAAACUUCCGCUAAAAUCAGGCUGCGGCAAAGUCCAAAUUGAAACCAGCUGGGUCGGGACCUUUUUUGUGGUCACUGAAAACAACGUCCACUUCCACAGUCCACAGCACAUAUAUGAGAAAGUACUAGGUCGUUUCCUCUUGCAACAAAUCUAUUUAUCUAUAUUAGACUAUAUUAAAAGCACUAUUUUUACAAGAAAGAGAUAAUUAAUAAGCUUACAAAUAAAUACAGCUUAUUUUGUAAAUAUAUAGCCAGCCACCAACCCCACCUAAAGGUCAAAGAGCUGGCGUGGGCAAUGGUAAAGGCUUAUUUUGAAGAUAGGAUACCAGCCAGCAACCACCACCAUGAAAAUUAAUGAUAGAAUUAAGAUAGAUGAGACUGAUAAUGGGCCAUUAUCACUUCUCUAUUAUACUUAACCAUGUUUAUUGGGUAAGAUCACGAUACUUACUUAUGUGGUAAAAGCCUAUGUUAAGCGUGAAUCAAGUCUGGUAAUACUUGCGUGUGAUUUCGUUGUUGUCGAGACCGAAGAUCACAAUACUUAUGUGUGUCAUAUAAAGUAAGCGUGAAUCAGGUUGGAUAAUACCCAUGUCCCAUGUAUAAUUCUGGUGUGUAUCUACUUAGUGGGGGGAAAUGUAUGCGACAUCUGAUCCGCAUGUGUACAUGGUAAAUCGAAAAAAGAAAGUCAUCCACUCGCUCUUAAAAUAAGGGCGAGAUUUUCCAAGAAAGUGCACGGAAUUAAUGGGUGAGGCGGUUUGAAAAUAAGACUCGUUAUAUCGUGUUUCACACUACUAAUAAUGGAACGGAUAAUACCCGCACCAUAAUGGGGUGAGAUAGGUCGAUCGAUCGGAUCAUGAAGGUUAGAUUGUAAGUGUAUUCCUACAUAUAGGAUCGUUAAAAUGAGUGGGUUAAUUGUACCUGUCCCUAGCAGGCAGCUGGGGUUAGAAAUUUCUAAUUCUAGAUGUAACAUUGUCGAGGGCUGCAGUACUGUUCAAAUAUAUUCUCAUUCAACACAAACUUUAAUUGGCAGCUCAGCCAGUCACUCGUGUUUUGCGUUAUAUACUUCCUUGAUGCUGAAAAAGGGAACAGGAACACUCUUGUUCUUUUCCAAGUCUGCCAUGGUUCGAUAUGUUUGGCAAGUAAACAUGAAAACGAAACAUCCCCAAUUUGUGGAUUUUGAAUGAACCUUUUUUUAGGGUUUAAGUAACAACUUAGACUCAUUUAGCUUGACCAGAGAAAUAAUAUACAUUUGAUGGAAGAUUCAUAAAAUAGACAUACGUGAUAUAUCCAAACUAAUCAUUAUAUUUAUAGAUAAAUAAUAGUAUUUAAUGUCUUAGCUAACCGAUCAUUCUAUGAAAAAGAUCGAUGCUUAAUCAGUUAAACACAUCUUCUACUGUCUCAAUGGGUUAAUCAUUUAAUAACUACUUCAUUUUAAUUGUAACUUUGAAAAUGUUGGAAUUGACAACCUGAAGAAGAAGGGUUUCCUGAUUCCUAAUAGGUGUGUCCUUUGCAAGAGAGAAGAAGAGUCCCCGAAUCACAUUUUCAUCACCUGUGCUUUCUCAAAUCAGGUUUGGAGCAGAUUGAAGCGCUUUGUUAAAGUCGAGGGAAGUGUUGAUGAGGUUCUUGAUAUUUCUGAUAGAAUCCGGCUCUGGUCGCAUGUGAAUCCGAGUAACCCAGCCCAGUGGUGCACUAGAGUGGCUUUACAUGCUUUCUGCUGGUGUGUUUGGCUAGAAAGAAACGCCAGAAUGUUCAAGGAUGAGGAGCGUCAUAUUCCUUCACUUGUUUUGAAGAUCGGUCAUGAGAUUUUCUGGUGGUUGACGGUAGCAAGAAAGGUUGAUAAAGAGAUCGCGGUCCGCGGAGAGUUGGAUCAAAGGGAUGAAGGCCAGUUUGUGCCCUGUUAAUUCGCAGCAGCCCUUGAUUUUGGGAUCGCAGCUUCCCACGGUGGACCAGUAAACCUUUUUCUGGGCAUUUACUUCUGGCGUUUGUUGUCGUUUGGCCCUUUCGAGUGACUGCUGCUUCCUGACGCCCUUUUCUCUGUUACUUUGUGUCUCUUGCUCCCUGUUUCUGUUUCUCUUUAUUCGCUUUUCCCUGCGCUGGUUGCCGAUUGGAAGGGGAGCUGUUUUUUCCUCUUCCUAUGCUGUUGGCAGCCUUCUGCUGUUUGGAGCAGGGGUGAGGGGAGUUUGUUUUCUCCUUUGCCUUUUCUUGGCCCGUUUGUUCCCCCUUUUUGUUUUUCCUGUGAACCUGGCUGUGCCACCCUGUUCUCUGUUGUUACUUUUCUCUUUUAAUAAUAUAUAUCAUCCUUAACUAAAAAAAGAAAAUGUUGGAAAUUGAUUCCAAUCACCUCUUUCUUGUUUGAUAUAUGUCCCUUAUUGAGCAACCACACAUACUCCUCAAAUGGCCAUAGGAGUACCCUAUCCCGCUUCUAGCCCCUUGUAUUGCGUAACAAAUAGGAUGCAAUGAUUUGAUCAAUCUACUCAAUUAAAAUCGUCGAAGUGAUCGUUAUGUUACUCAUUUUCGAACUUGGUUGCUUGCAAAUUGGUUAACCAUCGAACUCAAGUGGCCAAUUCAUUAGCAACCAACUCCAUAGAUAUUCAUUCAAUCUACAAAAAAAAUUGUGCUUGCGCCAUCAAAGAGUGGUGGGCACACACCACGUGCCAACUUAACUUUCAUAUUUGGAGUCUUUGAUGGGGUCUUUCAUCUUUGGGAGAUAGAGACAUAAGAAGAGAAGGAGAGAUGAACAACCUUCCUUAUCCCUCCACUUACUUUGACCCAAAUUUGGUAUAACCAAAAACCAACACAUAAACCCUUAUAUAACCUCACCACAACCACAUUCCUUAAAAUCCCUCCCCCAUUUCCACUUCCUUCUUCCUUCCUUCAAAACCAAAGAACCCAUUUCUCCUUUUUCCGGCCAUGAGCAAGACCAUGUCCAACCCUAACGAUUGGGCUCACUUCUACCACCACCACAACAACCACAACCAACUCACCUUCUCUUCUUCCUCCGCCGCCGCCGGCGGCGUGUCUUCAUCCGGUGUCACCGCUGUCACCACUGCCUCUACCAUCACCUCAUCCGCCGCCGCAGCCGAGCCAACUCCGAUCCAGCUGAUGGGCUCGGGCCGCGGCGGGGGAGGAAGUGGAGGAGGCCAUAAUUCCGUCGCUAAUAGUAGUCGUACUCUGAGCCCGGAAGGCGGCCGAGUGGCCAAGCCGGCGAGGAGGCGGUCGAGGGCGUCGAGGAGGACGCCGACGACCCUUCUCAACACGGACACGAGCAACUUCCGCGCCAUGGUCCAGCAAUUCACCGGCGGUCCAUCGGGACCUUUCGUGACGGGGGGCGGGUCGUCGCUAAAUGUUCCGCCACAACCAGCCGGUUUUAGCUUCGGGCUUGGCGGGCUCGGGCAGCACCACCAUCAGCUGAUCGGCGAUCGAAUUCCAAACCCUGCCUCCACGGUCGGCGGCGGCGGCGGAGGAGGAGGAGGAGAAGGGUUGUUCCAUCAUUUGCAGUACCAACAGUCACAGUUCCACCAGCCGUCGCCAUUUCUGUUCUCGUUGGGAAAUGCUGGCAAUAGCGACGACCCUACUAACAUCGGCGGUAUUAAUAGUUUGCUUCAGCGAGGGAUCGGGACGGAGGGGAUUGGCGGUGCCACGUCGGCCGCCGGGACGCGGAUCGGAGGAGAUGGGGCGACGGCGGCGCAGCCGCCGUCGGCGGGGUCUAAUGAGAACAGGAAUAGCGGUUUCUUGUACUGACGACGGAGGGAGAGAUAGCGACGGAGGGAAAAGAAAAGUUAGGCAAGCUGACACUUUUUGUCCUUUAGCAUCUUUCAUUGACCAAUGUAAAUGCCGUGUUACUUACACUUUCUCAUUUUUCCCAUCAGGAAAUUAAUUAAAAGGCUCUAUUUUUUGCCCUUUUUUUAAUUAUUAGUUUCACCUUCUAGAAGGUAGGCGGCGUGGUUUUAAUUAUUAUUAUUGUCACGGUUUUAGCUGAUUUUGUGCUUUAUUAUUAUGUUCUGUUAAUUUACAACAAAUAACAAUAUUUUUUAGGUAAGCAUUAAUUCAUCAUGCAGAUGGAAUGUAGUGAUAAUUUAUUUUAUAAGCAGAUGGGAAUUGAUUGAGAAUCUAGAAGAGUAAAAAGAAGUUGGCUAUAUUCUCUUAUUAUUAUUUUUUUAUUUUCUCAUAAAAUUAUAGAUAAGAUUUCAUUGAUUAGAUCUAAUACCUCAAUACAAAUUGCUCUCUGCUAUAUUUUUCAAUCAAAUUUUACUACGAUAGAUAGCCGCGAAUUCAUUAGGGCAUCGUUUUAGAGGGAAGAGUAGGUAAUUGUUUUGGAAAGAGAUUUUUUAUCGUAUCAAGGUUUUGUUGGGAGGUUAGAGAAGAUGAAUUGAGUCGAGAGACUAUGCAUAUGUUUUCUUAUAUGUCGAUAGAACCGCAUUAUUCUAAGUCGCCACAAUCAUACAUAUUUUUGCUAUAUUGAUUGUACAAGUUCGUUAAGAAGAUUGGAUGAGUGGAAAUGGACAGAAAACAACUCAUUGAUUGUUUGAGAGAGUAGUAUACAUGAUCAUUCGAGUCUUAUUCUUACCAAUUCAACUUGUUCAUUUCUAAUCAUCAGAACUAUGACAAUCGAUAACUAAUGAUCUCUAUACAAUCAAAGUCGAGUGGCCAAUGAUCUCUAUACAAUCGAUAAUUAAAGAAACCCGUAAACCUUAAUUGGCCUCUUUGCAUUUUCACCAAAGAUCUCUAUACAAUCUCUUUCUAGGAUUAGUAGAACAAAUGGUUUUUCUAUAUUAUUAGUUUUGGUGGGAAUAUCUUCCAUCAAGUCGUAACUUGGAACUAACAAAGUAUCUAUCUUUUGAGGAUUUCAAAUCAAUCUUGUGUGCUCUUUUAACAACCUAGUUAUUCUGCUAACUUGAAGAUUCAUUAGUAUAUACUAACUAAUAUCCAAAAUGUAUGAACUAAUAUCUAAAUCUGCUGAAUAUCUAGAUAGCACAGGUUAGUAUUCAAAACAUCAUAAUACUGGUAUCCGGAUAGUAGAUACCAACUAAUAUCCACAAUCAACCAACUAGUAUUCAAUAUGGAUACUCUUAUGUGUUAUCUGGAUACUAAUUAUGUGCUGUUUGGAUACUAUUCUGUGUUGUAUGGAUACUAUUCUGUGUUGUCUAGAUGUUAGUUUGUGAAUUUUGGAUAAUAGUUGAUUCAUUGUGGAUAUCAUUUAGCAAACCUUGAAUACUAGUCUGUGCUCUAUAGAUACUUUAGUACCUGGAUACUAGUUCAUGUAUUUUGGAUAUCAGUUAGUAUCUGCUAACGAAUCUUCAACUUAGCAGAUUAACUUUCCCCUUUAAGGUGUUAACUAGCUAGGGCACCGUAUAUAUACAAGUGUGGCUACUAGCACUUCAUUGCUUGACAUAAGAAAAGUUGAUUCUUGCGUGUAAACUAGUAACGAAUUAUUAAUUAUGUCACAAAAACUACUAACUGCAAGUUAACAUUUGUUAUCGAUUGUCAUGAGACCAAUCUCACAGACCCACACUCUCUACCGCCUUUGCCAGCUGAGCAAAAACACUCGUUGACGAGCAUGAAAUGUGCACUAAAAAACGCACAUCGAAACUACUAGGAAACAACAUAAAUUGAGUGAGAAAUGGGUUAGGAAGAGGGGGUGAAUGUAGGCUUAUCAUAUAUGCGGUUCUAGUCGGAAUAGGAAAAGGGAUUAUAACAAAAGGUAAUUGUCAUC